AUGGAUCCUCAGGAGCUGUGUGUUCAUAAACCUGAAAUCAAAUUCUACCCUUCUCAAUUUAUCUUCAUAAAGGUACAGUCUGAAAUCAGUGAAAUACUGAACAAAAGUAUUAUUGAAGUAGAAAACCCACAAUUUGGCUCAGAAAAAAAUCUAGUAUUCAACACACACAUUGAAAAGCCUAUAGAGAAUCAAGAAGAAAUCCUUGCUGUGGAGAAAAUUCAUCAUUUUGAGGAUUCCAGCACUCUUGAUUCAGUGGAGGAAAAAUUCAAUAGCAAUAGUGUCAACAGUCUCUCUCAAGGUGUAAAUAUUCCACCCCAGAUACAUUUCAAUGACAUAUUAACUCUCAGAACUUCAACAGAUAAUUCGGCUUCAAACAUAAUUAUGCAUCCUUCAGGAAAUUCUGACAUGAAGAAUUAUAACAUUUAUGGUUUUCUAGCUAAUGAACCUCAAAAUGUCAUGCCUCAAGCUCAUACAGUAAUUCUGAAUAAAUCCAAAAUUACUGUGCCUUUUCCCAAGCCCGGAUUUUGUGAAAAUUUAGACGAUAUUUGCUAUUCUAUCAAACAAAUGAAGGAAGAGCUUCAAAAGUCACACGACAGGGAACUGGCACUUACAAGUGAACUUCAAACUUUAAAAAUGGAUACAAAUGUUCAAAGUAAUACUAGCUAUGACCUGUCCCCACUUCACAAGGAAAAAAUUAACUUUAUUAAGGACGAAAAUUUAGAAAGUAACUUCAAUGAAGAUAUAAAAUCAAAGAGAAUUUUAGAAUUAGAGGCAUUAAUAAACAAAUUACUCCCAUUCAGGGAAUCAGUGUCAAAAUUCCAUUUGAAUUUUUGUAGGAAAUGUAAAAAAUUGUCUCGGAGUGAAACACACAGGGGAAAGAAGGAAGAGAAAAACAACAAAGAAAUUCCUAUCACCGAUAAGAAUACUGCAGAUUUAAAAUUCCAUGCCAGACUUCCGAAGCAUCCAUCACCAUUCUUUGACUCAACAAAAUAUGAAACGAAAGACCAAGAAAAGCAACCAUUUGUAGUAAAACGAGGAUCGAUAUUAUUUGAAAACGAGAAAACAUCCAAAGUCAAUUCUAUGACUGAGCAGUGUGUGGCAAAAAUUCAGUACUUACAGAAUUACCUAAAAGAAUCUAUGCAGAUACAGAAAAGAGUAGCGGAACUGGAGAAUGAAAAUCUCACCCUUAAGACCAAAAUAAAACCUCUUGUCUUUACCACACAAUCUCUGAUACAGAAAAUUGAAAUAUAUGAAAAGCAACUUAAGAAUCUGGCUGAAGAAAAGAACACUAUUCAGUCCAAAUUAAUUAAAGCAGAAGAAGAUGGCAAAGAAUGCCUAAAAGAAUUGAAAAAAAUAAUUAGUAAGUAUAAUGGUCUCCAAGAACAAAAUAAAACUCUCGAGGAGAAAAACAGUCAACUUUCUUUGGAGAAGCAACAAACGAUAGAAGCCCUGGAUCAACUAAAAAGCAAAGAACACAAAACUCAGAGUGACAUGGCCAUCACCAGUGAUGAAAACAGUCGACUGAGUUCAGAAAUGGAAUCGAUGAAAACAAAUAUUCGGUUGGCACAAGACGAAAAAGAAGUGUUAGAGAGAAAAACAUACCAGCUUCUAAGGGAAAAAAGCUCACUUGAAAACGAACUAAAAGAAAACCAGGUAGAGAUAAUGCAGCUGAAAGAAAGAGAGAGGUUGGCAAAAAGUGAACAUGAGACACUUCUUCAAAUAAUAGAAACAGUUAACAAUGAAAAACUUAACCUUCAAACAACAUUACAAGAAUCCACUGCUGCCAGGCAAAUGAUGGAAAGAGAAAUUGAGAACAUUCGCACAUACCAAUCUACUGCAGAAGAGAAUCUUCUGAACGAAAUAAAAAAUGCAAAAUCAGAAGCAAGUAUUUAUAAGAAUAGUUUAUCAGAAAUGGGGAAUGAGUGUGAAAUACUAUCAAAAAUGGUAUUGGAAAUUAAAACAGAUAAUCAGAUUCUAAAAGAACAACUUAAAAAACAUAGUCAAGAAAAUAUAAAAUUUGAAAACAGCAUCAGUAGGCUUGCAGAAGACAAACUACUUUUAGAGAACUAUGUAAGAAGUAUAGAGAAUGAAAGAGACACCUUGGAAUUUGAGAUGCGGAAUCUUCAAAAAGAAUACUUAAGUCUAUCCGAAAAAAUCUGUGGCCAGCAUGGUGACCUAUCAAAAAUGGGUUACAUUUCAAGGAGAGAGAAAUUCCAUUUUGACAACUAUGAUACUUAUGAAGACACCUCUAGUCCCAGGAGGACUUUAGCUCCUGAUUUGAAAGGUAUGUAUAUUGUGGUGGAUUAGCACAAAGUAUUUAAGAUUCCUUUAGCCUACUGGGCACUAGUCAGAGGACACUCAUAAGGAGGAAACUUUUAAGAGGAAUACAAUUUAGUUUUGUAAGAUUCUUAUCCGAUUUAUUAUACAGUGGAAUUAUUUUGAGAUUUGCCCUUUUUUAUAAAAUUCAUGGUUUUAUUUAUACUACUACUACACAUUGUAUGUGCAUAAAGCAACUUUGGGAGGGAGUGGGGGUUUUUUUAAUUACUGUUUUUCUGAAGUAUACUCAGCACUCCCACCUUAAAACAAAUUCUUCUUUCUUCCCAGGAAUUCCAAGUAAACGGUAUCAAUUGCUUCCAUCCAAGAGAUGUAAAUAAAUUUCUAAAAUCAAUGUUUCAAAAUCCUUCGUCCAAGAACUUUUUUCCUACAAAAUAAUUUUAAGUUUGCUUUUACAUAUGAUUAGAAUUACUCUAAUUUAUCAGAGUAGAAUAGUUUUUUAAAUUAGAAAUUGGAUUUAGGCAUAUAUAUUUAUCUUAUUGUCAAGAACUGUGAACAGUAUGAGACUUCACCCAGCUUGGAGGCUAUUAUGUUAGCCUCACAGUUACCUGAGUUCUGGUGGAAGACAUGAGACACCUGGGUCAGAGAUAAAGGACAGUAUGUUACAGCAACAGCAGUGGCCAGAAUAUUAGCUUUUUUUGCAUUGGUUCUCCAAGCCCCAAUUCC